AUGGCGAAGUCCACGCACGUCUACGUAUCGGGCUCCUCCUUCGAGGUGAAGGGUGCCGGAGAGUGGUACGUCAAUGGCGUCUACACCAGAUUGCCACAGAGGGUCAAUAGGACCGAUGUCUUUCAGAAGGCUGGCACGUCCUUAGUGCUGAUGCGCAAGGGCGAUGAUGGCUGGUCCUUGGUCGACCUCCGAGGAAGUACGACCUUCAAAUGGUCGCUACGAUCUGUGGAGCUUUACCACUGCCCUCGGAUACCCGCAGGCCCUUCGCCGCCACCAGUCGGGUGGGCGUGUGCCGAGGGUGAGGGCCCUGCACCCAUGCUGUUGCCGGGCAAAUCUCCGCUGCUUCCCUUCCUCAAAAGUCCCAAGGUGUUCGACGAGGAACCGGAGCCUGGUAUGGGCACCUCGUCAUCUUGGGUGUCCAGUGCCUCGCGAAGAGCUGCACAGCAAGCACACGACGCCUUGGAGCCGGUCACCAAACGUCCCUUGCGCGGUCCCUCGGGGCGGCCCAUUGUGGUGGCCAACCCGGCCAAAGGCGGCGCGGUGCCCGAUGGGGCGCGCUCGCAACCGUUGUUGCAGUCGCUGAAGACCGCGGGACCAAGGAGCACUAGAGCUCCACCGGGCACCAUGGUGAACUUCCUGCGAAGUUUCCGCGUGGUGCUUUCUCGGCCCUACGUCCAAGUGCCCUGGGGCUACGAGUGGAACGACGAGUUCUUUGCGGACACCGGCGCGCGGGUCGUGCGACAGAUCCAGCCCCUGUCGCCGUUGGACAGAUGGAACGUGUGGCAACACGUCACGGGCCGGCCGGACCUGUGCGUCAAGCCAGGUGAUCGCUUGAUGAAGGCAGAUGGCCGUUGGGCCUUUUGUGAACAGGAGGUUUGCCUGAACGACAGCCAGCAGGCGCAGUAUCUGGCCACGCCGGACCUUGCGGCGCAGCAGGAGCGGCGCAUGGUCAUGGAGUUCAUGCGCCCGGUGGCGCGACCAGCGCCACCCUUGCGACCCAGAUUGGAGCUUCGGCCUCUUCGGCCUUUGGCUCCGGGUCAUAUCCCUCACCGCCCCCGUUUCGCGGUGUCACCACGUGUCACCGCACCGCGUCGUUGGCGCCGCGGGCUGCUGGCGGCGCUGCCGGUGGUGGCGCGGGCGGCGACGCGGGCGACGCGGACGCCGGUGGCGAAGGGCGAGGUGCGGCCGGCGCAGCGGGUGCCGGAGACGAUCCAGGCGCCGCCCUACGUGGCGGAGCCCGAAAAGGUCCGCGGCUGGUGGAACUCGCAGAUCGUCCCGAAGACGGAGGAGCAGGUGGAGAAGAUGCGUCGCGCCGGGCGCCUGGCGCACGAAGCCUUGGACCUGGCGGAGACGUUGAUCGAAGUGGGAAGAACCACGGAGGAAAUGGACAAAGAACUGCAUACCUUCAUUUGUGAUCACGGAGCGUAUCCCAGUGAUCUGCAAUACAAAGGUUUCCCCAAAUCUGUGAUGAUCAGCAUCAACGAGGUGAUCUGUCACGGCAUCCCGGAUUUAAGACCACUGGAAGAUGGUGAUCUGGUGAACGUCGACGUGACCUUGUACCUGGACGGGUUUCACGCCGACACCGCACGAAGCUGGAUCUGCGGCGAGGGCGAUGAAACGGGACACCGCCUGGUCAAGGCCACACGCGAAGCCCUGGCGGCGGCCAUCGCCAGCUGUGCUUCGGAGAAGCCGUUGAAGUGCAUCGGCGAGGCGGUGGCGGAGGUCGCGGAGCGCGAACACUUCGGCAUCGUGAAGACCUUAGUGGGCCACGGCAUCGGCGAGUUCUUCCACGGCGUGCCGCAGAUCUUCCACUGCCGCAACAGCGACAACAGGAAGAUGCAGCUGGGCACCACCUUCACCAUCGAACCGGUGCUGACCGAGGGCUCCGCUGAGUGGAUCACCUGGGAGGACGGCUGGACGGUGGCCACCGCGGACGGCGGCCGCGCGGCGCAGUUCGAGCACACGGUGCUGAUUACCGAAACGGGAUGCGAGGUCUGGGAUACCCAAUCGGCACUGGUGAUCUCCUGGGAUCAUCCACCCAACUUGGAGCCCUACAAACAGGUCUGGGGGUGGGCCGUGGCCAUUCUGGACAACGACCAUGACAUUUGGUCCAUCGUGGAUGGCUCGACCUUUGUCGCAAGGUCCCUGACCCUGGAGGGCGCAGACGUGGCGGUGGCCAAACCAGAACUCUGUACCAUCUACGUGUCGGAUGGCGUCUUCCAUGGUAGACCCUAUGCGGCGUGCAUCGCCAUGCUCACGGACAACGGCUGGUCGUCCUUCUCAGAGCUUUCGAGGUCAGUAUCCAUCGCACCUUCCGCCAAAGUCAGCGAUGCCGUGCUUGGAUUGGACCCCGAAGAUGACGACUGGAAGCAGCGACCGCGCUACGCCUGCCCUCGCAAGAUCGUGCCGGGCGCAUCCGUCCCAGUCACCCUGCGUGCGGGGCCGCGAGAUUUGCUGAGCAAUGAGCGAUGGCUCCGGAUGGAGGUCUGCGUGGAGGGUUCCGAGGGCUUGGUGCUGGUGCCCGCGGAAAGUUCCAUGAAGCUCUUGCAGGUGGAGAAGGUCAUUCCGGGCUCUUCCACCGACUUGUGGAAUGCCAAGCAGGAGUUGUUCGAGUUGCAUGGCUAUACCACCAGCUAUGCCAUCCAAGUGGGCGAUGUCAUCAAUAAGAUCAACGGCUUUACCGGAGCCCAGGCAAUGUUGUACGAGGUGCGACGGAAACCUGAGAAGUUGAUCAUGACCAUCGACCGGCACUGCGGUGGCAACACGUCCUUCGAAGAAAUUCCUCAGGCCAAGAUCUUUGAGCUACAUCGCUUGGACUUGGACGCCUCUAGAGACGUGGAGGAGUUUGAUUGGCACGUCUUGCUGAGCCAAGCUGAAGGCGCCUUAUGCGCCAAGAUGGUCGAGGAGAAUGGCCAUGAGCUGCAGCGAGCGCUGGACAUUUUUUCAGAGAUGCUGGCAGAGGGGACCAUUGUCAUGGUGAACCAGGGCAUUAUCCAGGAAGCGGAUCGACGAAUCCUCUUGGAUCACCGGGUCGAGGCAGUCUUGAAGCAGGGGGACUACUCCAUGGAAAUGGACAUCGAGAUGGCCGGCAUCAGUCGUUCCGUGGAGAACGUGCGAAGGAUUAGCUUGAUCCACCUCCGGAAGGCCAUGGCGGAUGCCGCCAUGGAUGAAGAUCAGUUGCAGCUGGCCAUUUUGAGUUUCGUGAAUUCGUCCAAAGUGGUCCGGCAGAGCUUCGCAGGACAAGAGCUGCUGGAAAAGGCCAAAGGCCUACAGGGCAUUGCCUGCUCGGAUCUCAAGCAGAGCUAUGACAUGGCAUCGGUGAACUUCCCAUCUCUGCAAGCGCAGAUUCAUGGUGGAUGCCUGAUUCAUCCUCACGUGGGCCGUCUCCGGAGCUGUGGUUGUGGUGGCGCCAAUCAGCAGAUGCCUUGGAAGAGCUUCAAGUGGUGGGAAUGGUUUUAA